AUGGCAUACUUUACUGUUGUGUCAAAUCAUGGUAGUUAUAGAGUAACUUCUCAUGAAUUCAAAUUGGUUUUCCUUCAUCGAACCACUGUUGUAGCUGUUGAUGAAGAUGUUAUCCCAAAGACUUGUUUCAACCUGUUGUGUUUAUUUAGAACAGAUGUUAUUGGUCUUUUAACUUCAGUGGGAGAAGAGAAAGAAUAUGCAAAAGAGGAAAAAAUCGUGAAAAUGAUUGUGCUGGAAUUAACUUCAAAAGAUAUGAUUGAGCAAGGUGUCAAAGGUACCCAACCACUGUUUAUUGCAAAUGAGGGUAAAGUUGUUUCCUUGAAAGAUGAUUUCAUGCGCUUAACUAGAGAUGUACUAUUGAAGAGCUCCAAGAUAACAAUGAGGAGAGUUCUUUUAUCAUUUUCGGUACAAUCAGAGGUAUUGUUGAAGAUGGAAGUUGGUGGUAUUCUGCUUGUGUGUGAAAAGGGUAUCUAUCCUCAAAAUGGUGCAUACUACUGUGAUUUCUGUGUGAAGCAUAUAACUAAUGUCACUCCGAAAUUUAAAAUUAAAAUAAUACUUGAAGAUUAUAGUGGGAAGGGUAUUUUUGUUCUCUUUGAUCGUGAAGCAUCUUAUUUAUUUAAGAAAUCAUGUGUUGAUCUGUUUACUGAGGUUCAAAAAGAUGCAAGUGUUGAUACCAAAGGUGUCGGAUUUGAUAAAUUUUUUGGCACUUUUCGAGUUAGGAGAGUAUGUGAUGAUUCCACCAUUAUUGCUAUGUUUAAACUUCCUGAUUAUGAUACUGAUGAUGAGUCUACUCCAAAAAAGCCUGAUGUUUCUGGAGGGAUUGAGGUUGCUGCUUUAAUUAAUGAUGAAAAUGAAAAAGUUGAGAAAACACCAAAGAAUGAUAUCCUUAGUGAUGACUUUUCUUUUGAACUGGAUAUAUUGCUUAGCUCACCAGUGAAAGAAACUCAGGAGGUGUUCUCCCAAGUUCUAAAUGCAUGUUCCCACUAUGGAGAAAAGGUUAUUCAUAAAGAUCAUGUUGUCACUUCCAAAGGUAAAAAGAAUUUGAAUCCCCAAUUUGAUGAGGCGGCUAAUGAUGCAAAUGGGCGUGGGUCCAAUAUUGCCAAGGUUGAUGGAGUUUGA